AUGCAGCCGCUGUGGCUGUUCCUUUUGCCGUGCCUCUGCCAUGCAGCGGACCUGGACCUGCUCCCGGACUGGGAUCAUGCUCCGUUCUUGCAUGGCGUGGCAUCUGCUGAUCCUCUCAGUGACCGAGUUCUUAUAUGGACCCGUGUCAGCACUGGCUCAGACACAGAAGUUGUCUGGCGCCUCUGGCGUGAGGGGGAGCAGUCCUUUGACAGUCCUUUCAGGCAGGGGAUCGAGAUGGCCUCAGCUGGCUCGGACUUUGCCAUCACUGUGGACGUCUCAGGCUUAGACCCGAGCUCGGAGUACCUGUAUCAGUUCUCUGUCGCUGGAAACCGCUCCAUGCUGGGUCGGACGCGAACUGCAAGCAGCGGAUCCGAAGUGAACCUGGCCAUCGUCUCCUGCACCAGCCUCUGGAGUGGAUAUUUCAACUUCUACCGGCAACUUGCUUUCGAGGAGGUGGACGCCGUGGUGCAUCUGGGCGAUCUGGUCUACGAGAGGCCCGACCCGGACGAGUUGCUGCGGGUGCCGGACGUCCGCUGCGACGCAGUCGCCGGAUCCCGCCAGAACGAGACCGACCUGGUGAUGGAUGGCUUGCGAGAUGCCCUCUGCCACCCGUCCGACUUGGUGAGGUAUCGUGCCCUGCAGUCGGUGCACAUGUUCGAUCCCGACUUCCGACUGGCUCGAUCCAGACAUCCCUUCAUCGUGAUCUACGACAACCAUGACGUGAACUGGAAAGAUGCAAACAGCUCGCUGCGUGCCUUCCGAGAGUGGGUGCCCAUGAGGGGACGUGAUGAGGACCAUGCCCUCGAAGGGGGUUUUCGGCAUUUUCGCUUCGGGGAGGACGUGGUGGAUGUGUAUAUGCUCGAUACAGCCAUGGCAAGCACAGGGAGCCUCCUCGGCCUGGAGCAGGAGGAAUGGCUGAAGACGAAGCUUCAAGAUUCAUCCGGCACCUGGAGGCUUUUUGCAUCGCCAAAGACCUUCAUGCCGCUGGCCCUGAACAAGACAGGGGCCUCCCUCGCUGUGCCGGUGGCGUGUGUCGCGCUGCUUCUGCUGUUACAGCUCGCCUGCUGCAGGUUUCUCCCCAGACCUGCUUGUGUGAGCAAGGCUGAAAAUUCGGAUCGCGGAGACGUGCAACUCACGGGCCUUUGUGCCAAGAGGCAUGAGGUCACCCGGAGGAUUCUCCGCUGUUGCUCGCUGGGUGCCUGCUGUGCCUUGGGGCUCUGCAGCCUUUUGGGCACCGCGGCCUGCGCAUUCCUAGCUUUUAAGUUCGACAAGUCGCAUGGUCUAACCCCGCUCCAUGCACCGAAGACGACUUGGGAGGGACAGCCCGGAUCAAGGAACUUACUCUUCGAUCAGCUGCAGCAAAGUGGCAAGGCUUCCAACAACAUCUGGGCCGUGGGGGAUAUGCAUUUCUCAUACCUCGCCGACGUCUUCCGCUUCGACUAUCUCGGCAAAGACUUGUUCUCCUACAGCCCUCGAGCACCAGUAGAAAGGUACGGUGUGGAGUUUAUGCCAGGCUCUGGCAGUCGGGGCAACAUGGACGAGAAAGCAGGCGAGUUGCUGGGUCGCUUCUUCAAGCCUCCUUCCUAUUUGUCCCGCCUGGUCGGACGAGUGAUCGACUAUGUGCUGCUGCAUGCGAAUCCACAGUUCCGACAUUUCGAAGGCUCUGAACACGGCUAUGGGCUGUUGAAGAUAGCCCAGCAGGAGGUUCAAGCAAGCUGGGCACGCUUCGAUGUCCUCCGCGUCGCCAACGGGUUUACGCGGGUUUCCGGCAUGCAUGUGAAUGCCGGGGACAACAAGUGGCUCAGCUUGUGA